CGGCACAUAUCUAUUAUAUCUUCCGUCGCUCGAUUACAGAAAGACUAAUCAUUUGGGAAACACACCCUCCCAUUCAUCAGCAGUCAUGUCUCAAAUAGAGAAUCUCUCCAGCUUGGCGUCUCUCCCAUCUCCUCUCACCGAAGCCCCAGAGGAAGAAGUCUUCACCAAAGUCCAGUGGGACAUUCUCUACUCCAUACUCGAAGUCUUCGCCCCUUCCAUUACAACCGAAUCACUAUCAGUAUCAUCUACUGACAUCAACAACGCCAUCUCACGACUUGGACGUUAUCUCCCCGAUGGCGCAUCCGACGACGACGCCAGAGCCUUCCUCUCCGAAGACAUCAUCUCCAACUCGGCCUUCAAAGAGACCGUCUCCCGCAAGUUCAAGCUCUACGUCCCUCCCGCGGACGCGCAGGGCCUGGCUUUCAUCCUCUCCACGCUCAACACAACUGUCGGUUCCUACCUGCUGACAGGCUCCUCAUCACCGAUCCAUACCCAAGACCUUGCAACACGCACGCGCAUCGUACUGAGUUGGCCCAAUUCUCGCCUUGCACCACUGCGUGCCGUCUACCGCGCUUUCAGCACCCUCGCGCGCUUCUCCUAUGUCGUCAACUCUCCUUCAAUCCCACGCAUUCUCGACUUCCCUGCUAUCCCACGGCACAUCGAGCGCAGCGACAGCUACGCCUUCACCUUCCACGACUUCAGCUCGGCGUCCAGCGCGACCACCCUAACCACCGACGUCGUCAUCAUCGGCUCAGGCUGUGGCGCAGGCGUGACAGCCUCGCACCUCUCCCGUGCAGGACUGAAAUGUCUCAUCCUAGAGAAAUCCUACCACUUCGCCUCGACGCACUUCCCAAUGGACAUGGGCACCGCCGCGGAGCACCUCAUGGAGAACGGCGGCACAGUCGUGUCGGACGACGGAUCCACACUCGUCCUCGCCGGAAGCACCUUCGGCGGCGGCGGCACAGUCAACUGGUCAGCCUCCUUGCAACCACAGCACGGCGUACGCAAAGACUGGGCAUCCAACAAUCUCCCACACUUCCUAUCAAGUGAGUACCAAGACUGUCUCGACACAGUCUGUGAGCGAAUGGGCGUCGCGCGGUCCAACGACCCUUCUGCCCUAAACAACAUCGAGCACAACUUCGCCAAUCAAACCCUCCUCGAAGGCGCGCGCCGUCUCGGCAUGGCCGUCGAAAUCGUGCCCCAGAACACCGCGUCCAAACGACACCACUGCGGUUACUGCACAUACGGCUGCGCCAGUGCUACAAAGCAAGGUCCUGCGAACUGUUGGUUCCCCGACGCCGCAUCCCACAGCGCCGAAUUCGUCGAAGGCGCCUUCGUCGACGAAAUCACCUUCUCCCCAGAUCGCACAAGGGCAACCGGCGUCCGCGCAACAUGGACAUCGCGCGACCGCAAGAUGACCCGUACACUCAAUAUUUCUGCCUCGCGCGUCAUCGUCGCCGCCGGCACACUGCACUCCCCCGCCGUCCUGCAACGAAGCGGCAUCAAGAACUCCCACAUUGGCAGCAACCUGCACCUCCACCCCUCCACACAAGUCUGGGCGACGUGGCCUCAGCGCACGAACCCUUGGGAAGGUGCGAUUCUGACCGUUGCCGUAACCGAGCUGGAUAACCUCGACGGUGCGCACCACGGUGCCAAAAUCGAAGUCAUUUGCUCUACGCCAGGGUAUGGUCUGCCCGGUGUACCAUUCCGCGUGAGUAAAGCGGACCCAACGUCCUCGGCGAUCGAGUAUAAAUUGGCCAUCGCCAAGCACGGGUUCUCAACGGGUUUCAUUUCCAUCGCUCGCGACACGGGAACUGGGAAAGUUUAUAUCGAUCCAAAAGAUCCUGCGAGAAAGAGAGUACGCAUUGCGUAUACACCGUCGGAGCGCGAUAGGAAACAUCUUCUCGAGGGACAACUUGAGGGCGCGAGGAUCGCGUUCGUCAUGGGUGCUCUGGAGAUUGAUACUGUCCAUCCGCUUCUUGAUCGGUGGAUUAGGCCAUCGACGUCAGUGCCCGAGGAUGCCGAUAAUGAGGAUGUUGAUGACGAUGAGGCUUCAUUCACAGCAUGGCUGGAUGCAGCGCGCGCGCUGGGCAUAUCGACGCCGGACUCGUGCAUGAUCGGCUCGGCCCACCAGAUGGGUACAUGCCGGAUGAGUUCGUCAAGUAAGACUGGCGUGGUCGAUUCGAAAGGUAAAGUCUGGGGCGUGGAGGGUCUGUAUGUCGCGGAUGCGAGUGUCUUUCCUUCUGCGAGUGGCGUGAACCCCAUGGUCAGUACGAUGGGUAUUGCCGAGUGGAUCUCCAGACAUAUCGUGAAGGAUCUGAAGGGCGAGCAGAGGAAAGAAAGGCCAUCGAAGCUAUAAUAGAUCUAGAACGGCAAUGGUUACUAAACAUCAAGAAGGUUAGGUCAGCGUCACAAGUUAAUCUUGUAUGGUAAUCCUAGUUCACAGCCUCUUUCCAAGUCAUGAUAUUGUAGUCGUUAAGCAAAACACGAAGACGCCCGCUAAGACCAUCAAAUCCAACACUCCAAAGACAAGAAAUUGCUGUCCUUCACUUUCCACUUGUUCUUCUCGCAACUCCAAUCCUGGUCCGGCUCACUUUGUCAGCGAACUUGAGACUGGUGAU